CCCGGGCUGUACUUGUUGACAUGGAACCUAAAGUAAUCAGUCAGACCCUCUCAAUGGCUGCUAGGUUUGGCCACUGGAAAUAUGACCAUCAGUCACACUUCUGUCAGAAACAGGGGUCUGGAAACAACUGGGCAAAUGGGUAUAAAUGAUCAUCGCAAGCUUCGCUAAUAAUAAUACAGCAUGUGAAUACUAAGCAACUGCCUAGAUUCACAGACAUCCUCUCUUAGAAGCAGAACUGUUGCUGCUGUGAAGUAAUAUACUGCAUGCAUAACAUUACCCUGAUUUUAUUGCUAUUGUAGACUGCUUGUGCUCUUUUUGCAGGGAACUGAGAUUGAUAUUUACAGUGAAGACCUACUACUCAGUUACAGAAAAGUGAACAAAAUGUCACCUUGAUAUCUAACUACUUGAUUUGUGGGUGCAGAAAGGGAGGCCAAUUUUAAAGAUCAAGCUUUUAAUGCAAAGUAAAUGGCACAACAGAACAAUUGAGGAUUGUUCACUGCAGGCAGCAUUGGUGAUAACAAAGAAUUAGAUAAAUGGAUCAGAAUUUUUAAAAGAAGGAAAAGCUACUUUAUAUGUUUGCUUGGUUGACUUUAUUGCUUUUGUUUUGCUAUAAGAGUUCUUGCUCUUUUCGCUUUCUCUCUUAUGCUGCAGUUACUCUGUUCAUGGGCCCAGGUACAGAGACGUUAUCAUGAACCUGGUACAGAAGGAAGCAGAGAAAUGUGAUCGACUCAGUGGAUUUUUCACAGUAAUGAGCAUGGCUGGUGGCACAGGAUCAGGCAUGGGAGCCUAUGUGACCCAGUGCUUAAGGGAUGCUUUUCCGACCUCAUUUAUACUCAACCAGGUUAUCUGGCCAUAUGGAACCGGUUAUUGUUCAAAACUACAACUCAGUUCUGACACUCUCACACCUGUACCAGUCAUCAGAUGCUCUCCUUGUUCACGAAAAUGAUGCCAUCCACAAGAUCUGUGCUCAGCUAAUGAAUAUUAAAAAGAUCUCCUUCAGGGAUGUAAAUCAAGUAAUUGCACAUCAGCUGGGAAGUGUGUUCCAGCCCUCUUAUUCCUCAGAAGAGGACUCACAGUAUAGCAGAAGCCCACUAGGAGACUUAAUGGAGUCGUUAGUUCCCCAUCCUGAAUUCAAGAUGUUGGGUCUUCGUAACAUACCGCAGAUGUCAGAGAACUCCCUGGCAUACAGCACAUUUACUUGGCCUGGGCUCAUCAAACAUCUAAGACAGAUGCUUAUUGCUCAUGCUAAGAUGGAAGAAGGUAUCGAUUGGCAGGUGCGACCACCAUUGCCAGGGCAUCCUGUCCCCCUAAAAGCGUCUUCAAAUCAGGCAAUACAUUUUAACACCUCCGUUGCCAACCUGGUUGUCCUGCGAGGAAAAGAUGUGCAAAGUGUUGAUCUAGGAGGUUUCAGAGAUCCAGCAUUGUAUACAUCCUGGCUAAACCCUCAAGAGGCUUUUAAUAUAUGGAAAACACCAAGAGCCUUUAACAAGUAUGAAAAAUCUGCUUCUUUGGUCAGCAACAGCCAGUUCUUGCUGAAACUUAUGGACAACAUUGUGGGGAAAGCUUGGAAUAUGUUUGCUUCCAAAGCCUAUGUUCACCAGUACACUAAGUUUGGGAUCGAAGAAGAGGACUUUCUGGACUGCUUCACAACUCUGGAACAGGUUAUUUCUAGUUAUGCUAGCCUUUGAUUUUCAACUACUUACAAGCAGGGCUUCAUCAGAGGGAGUACACACUGAAAGGCUUUCUUUGUCAGCUUCCCCAAGUUGAAGUGGCUAAGGGAGGUACUGGAGUGUAAAUGCUUUGUUGUUGUUGUUGAUGGAAUAGUAAUCUACAUCAGGACUGAAUAUAUUCCUUUUCUCCCAUACAGACAAGUGUAUUUUGUAUAUGAAUUUAUACACUGAAUAUUUAAUAAAAGUUUUAUUUUUCAGUA